ACGCGAGCGAAGCCGCGAGACAGAGGCAGCGGAAAACCCAGCGGAAAAAUAGAGGGAGGGAGGGGGAGAGAGAAAAAAACAGACAAGAGAGAGAGGGGAGGGAGCAGUAGCCUGCCACACCACAGUGGUGGAAGGAAAGGAAACGAGAGGGAGAGAGAAAAAAAACCCAGGCACCCCCCCGAUCUCCUCCUCGCCCACCCCGAUCGCCCGACCGAUCGCCGCUCGGUGAAGCUUCCGGGUACCCUCCCCGCCGCCCGCGACGCCAUGGAGCCGCCGCACGCCGAGGAGGCCGCCGCCGCGGGAGGAGGAGGAGGUGGAGGUGGAGGUGGAGAGGGCGGCCGCGCGAGCCCGGGCACCGGCCUCGAAGGGCCGAUGCUGAGGCUGGGGCUGGACGGCGGCGGGGAGGGGGAGGACGGGGAGCGGGAGGCGGAGGCGGACGCGCGGCUGCCGGAGCGCCCGGGCGAGGCGGACUGCGGCUACUACCUCCGCACGGGAGCCUGCGGCUUCGGGGACCGCUGCCGCUACAACCACCCCCGCGAUCGCGGCGGCACUGAGUUUGGUGGAGGUGCCAAGAAUGGAGCAGCAUCAGACUUUCCAGAGAGACAGGGUCAACCUGUAUGCGAGUAUUAUUUGAAGACUGGUACUUGUAAAUUUGGUUCCAAUUGCAAAUACCACCAUCCUAAGCAAGAUGGAUCAGUGCAGUCUGUUAUAUUAAACAGCAGUGGAUUCCCUCUACGCCUGGGUGAGAAAGAAUGCUCCUACUAUAUGAAGACUGGGCAAUGCAAGUUUGGUUCUACAUGUAAAUUUCAUCAUCCAGAAUUUGGUGGUAUUCCGGUGACCCCUGGAAUAUAUCCACCAUUACAAUCAGCAUCUGUGACCUCCCCCCAUACAUAUGCUCCUCUUGCAAAUUGGCAAAUGGGAAGGUCACCUGUAGUUCCUGGAUCAUAUAUACCAGGUUCAUAUACUCCGAUGAUGCUCUCAUCUGGAAUGGUUCCAUUGCAAGGAUGGAACCCUUAUCCGGCAUCGGUAAAUCCUGUAGCAUCAGUUGGAGCACAACAAACUGUUCAAGCUGGACCAUUAUAUGGUAUAGGACACCAUGGAUCUUCCGCUACAAUUGCUUAUGGAAGUCCAUACAUGCCCUAUUCUUCCUCGACUGGACAAUCGAGCAAUAACCAUCAAGAGCAUGGAUUCCCUGAGCGGCCAGGGCAGCCUGAGUGUCAGUAUUACAUGAGGACCGGAGAUUGCAAAUUUGGAGCUACAUGUAAAUAUAAUCAUCCUCGAGAUUGGAGUGCUGCUAAGUCCAGUUAUGUGUUCAGCCCUCUCUGCCUUCCACUUCGUCCGGGUGCUCAACCUUGUGCAUACUAUGCCCAAAAUGGAUAUUGCAGAUAUGGAAUUGCAUGCAAAUAUGAUCACCCAAUGGGUGCACUAGGCUACAGUUCAUCAGCUUUACCCCUAUCUGACAUGCCAAUUGCUCCUUACCCUCUCGGCUUUUCUGUUGCCACGUUGGCUCCAUCUUCGUCUUCCCCAGAAUAUAUUUCAACCAAAGACCAAUCUAUCAAUCAAGUAGCAUCACCAGUGGCAGCACCCGAGUCUGUUGGAGCAGUCUUGCCAAAAGGGGUUUUCCCUCCAGAUACCAUUAUGCGAACUCAGACUUCUACUACUGGUGUCAGCAGUUCAAGCCCUGGUGGUGGUCCCUACAGCGAGCGAGCAGCGACCAGCAACCGCCCGCCAACCCGCCCCGCCCCGCCCCGCCCCGCCCCGCCGCGCCGUAACCGUACCCAGUUGCGGUCGCGCGAGCCAAACCACGCGUCCUCCGCCCGUUCCGCUCGCUGUCCCCCCGCGGGCACGGGCUCCGCUCCGCUCCGCUCCGCUCCGCUCCAGCGCCGAACGGGAGGAACAGGAACCCCACCACCACUCCAACCCCGCGCCCCCCCCAUCGAUCGAUCCCCAUCCCUCUCCCGCAAAAAGGCCGCGCCGCGACGCGACCGCGUACGGGGGCCGGGCCGCGAGCGUGCUGUGUGCAGGGGGGAGGUGAGGGGAGAGAAGAGGAGUCGCCAGGAAGCAACCGCGAGGAGGAGGCAGCAGCAGCAAGCACCGGCAGCACUGCAGCAGCGCGGAGAGAAAAAAAAAUCGGGAGUGAUUUCCUUUCCCACCCCCUGUUGGCUCCGUGAGCUUUGGGUGCACGCGUGCCCGAGCUUCGCCUCCGAUCGAGCCCGCCCGGCGAGGCAGGCGCCCGAUCGCCGCGCUCCGGGGGUGCGCCGGAUGGAGCCGUACGCGGCUGCGAAGGGGGGAGGCGGGGGCGGCGACGCCAGCACCGGCUUGGAAGAGUCGAUGCGGAGGUUGGGGCUCGGCGGGGACGGGGAGGCGGGGGACGCGAAGCUGCCGGAGCGGCCGGGCGAGGCGGACUGCGCCUACUACCUCCGCACCGGCGCCUGCGGCUACGGGGAGCGCUGCCGCUACAACCACCCCCGCGACCGCGAUCGGUCCGCCCCGGUUAAUGGAGUUGAAAGGACUGCAGGUGCAGUGGAGUAUCCUGAGCGACCGGGACAGCCACUUUGUGAGUACUAUGCAAAGAAUGGGACCUGUAAAUUUGGUUCCAACUGCAAGUUUGAUCAUCCCAGGGAAGGUGGUUUUGUACCUGUGGCAUUAAACAGCAGUGGGUUCCCUCUACGUCAGGGUGAAAAGGAAUGUUCCUAUUACAUGAAAACUGGGCAUUGCAAGUUUGGAGGUACAUGUAAAUUCCAUCACCCGGAACUUGGUAUUCUUUCAGAGACACCUACCAUGUAUCCACCAGUGCAACCAUCACCUGUUUCCUCCCCACAUCCAUAUCCACAUCUUACCAAUUGGCAAAUGGGGAGGCCUCCUGUUGUGCCAGGGUCAUUUUUACCAGGCUCGUAUCCACCAAUGAUGCUUCCACCUACACUUAUGCCAAUGCAUGGAUGGAACCCUUAUAUUUCACCUAUGAACCAGGUUGCACCAGCUGGGGGACAGCAAACUGCUCAAACAGGUCCACCUUAUGGCUUGUCGCACCAGGGGCCAACCUCUGCAUUCACGUAUGGCAGUCAUUAUGCGCAACUGUAUUCCUCAGCUGGGACUUCAAGCAGCAACAUACAAGAAUAUGCCUUACCAGAGCGGCCUGGGCAGCCUGAAUGUGAACAUUACAUGAAGACAGGAACCUGUAAAUAUGGAGCAGCCUGCAAAUACCAUCAUCCUCAGUACUUCAGUGGACCGAAAUCUAACUGUGCCCUGAGCCCUUUGGGUCUUCCACUUCGGCCUGGUUCUCAGCCUUGUACUUACUAUGCACAGCAUGGCUUUUGCAAGUUUGGGCCGACAUGCAAGUUUGAUCACCCGAUGGGCACUCUAAACUAUAGUCCUUCAGUGUCAUCACUUACUGAUGUGCCAGUCGCACCAUAUCCUCUCAGUUUCCCUGUUGCUCCUAUGGCUCCAUAUCCGUCGUCUACUGAUCUGCGGCCACAGUACACUCUAACCAAGGAGUCCUCUGCUAAUCCACCUGCAGUGCCUGGAACUACUUAUGGACCUGUUGGGACAAUAUCAAAGGUUUAUGCCCCCCACACACUUAUCCGACCCCCAAAUGCCGCAGCUGCUGGCAUGCAAGCGUCAUAAGGAGCCAGCAUGGAGAGCUCUAGUCCCCUUUCUGUCAUGACGAUGUAUCUUCAGCAAGCUUCUCUGCACUUCCGCCAUAGGUGAAAUGAGGUCUCGGAUUCUUUUUGCUCCAAUUCGACUCCCCAUCAAUUGUGAAUAAAAGGCUGCAGCUGACAUAGAAAAGUCCGAAUAAAUGCAAAGAUAGGAAUUGGCAAGCUCAUUCACUUGCCAUUUUUCUGUCCGUCUCUGAAACAGAGAGAAGGGAGAGACUUCUGAUUGUAGUUCAGAGCUCCGUUGUUAUCUCGUACAUAAUUAACGGAGCAGGCCUGUAACUGUUGGAGGGGACUUCUUAUCUGGAAGCUAAUGGGUUCCGCAGCCCUUUCCCAAAUCUUCUUUUGUUUAUCCCAUCAUCUAUAUAUAUGUAUAUCCCUGGAACAGUAACUAUGACUUCUGCAAUAUGUAUAUGCGAACUGGGAACACGGGAUACAUUGUAGCGAAACACUUUGAACCCUUAACUGAGUCAUCUGAAACCAUUCGCUGGUCAUUUAUCUGCAGAUAUUUUGCUC